AUGAUCGGGCUCACCAGGAUUCUGCCAUAUAUCUUGUUUUUCAUUUCCUCGUCCCAGCUUACCGAGGCCUCCCAAGGUCCGAUUGUUGCUUUGGACUAUGGUUCGUUCCAGGGAAAUUUAACGGGAGACUCGGUGAAAUUUUUGGGGAUUCCGUUCGCUGCACCGCCUGUCGGAAAACUCCGUUUUGCGCUACCUAAUGCACCAAUUCCGUUCAAGGGCGUUCGUCAGGCGACUUCCUUCGGAGCGGCAUGUUUUCAACAGUCACUAGGCGUAAGCGCAGAGGACUUGGCUUCCCUUGGUAUAACGUCCCCUGUGCCGACACCUGCUUCAGUUUCUGAAGAUUGUCUCUUCAUCAACGUGUUCAAGCCGGCGAACAUCCCUGAGGGAAAGAAGCUCCCAGUUGUUUUUUGGAUUUAUGGCGGCAAGUGGGCUUUUCAGGCGGGAGAUAGUGCUUCAUACCCGGGUGAUGUGAUCGUGGCUCGCUCAGUUGCGUUGGGAGAACCAGUGAUCUACGUAUCAUCGAACUACCGUCUUAGUGCUUUCGGAUUUUUGCAAGGUAAAGAAGCCAGGAACGCGGGGCUAGGAAAUAUUGGUCUCAGAGACCAACAAUUUGCUCUUCGGUGGCUUCAGAAGUACAUUUGUGCGUUUGGAGGAGACCCGCAAAAAGUGAUGACCUGGGGGGAGAGCGCAGGGGCUAUGUCUGCGAGCUUCCACUUUCUCGCUAAUGACGGGAAUGCGCAAGGCCUUUUCCGCGGUUCAUUCAUGGAGUCAGGCUCUCCCUCCUUUCUGAGAGACAUUACCGCCAACCAGAAGUACUUUGACCAGCUCGUAGUAGACGCGGGAUGUAGGGGUGCUGCAGACCCUAUAGCCUGCCUACGCACCGUCCCAUUUGAUACACUCGGGGACGCUAUCAACAAAUCUCCUAGUUCAUUCUCUUAUAUAAGCAUGACACUUCCGUGGGGACCUUCUAUUGACGGGCAGUUUUUCAAGCGUGCUCCUCAACAAUCUCUGCUUGAGGGCCUGUAUGCAAAGGUACCAUUCGUAAAUGGUGAUUGCGAUGACGAGGGAACGCUCUUCGCGUUCGCCAAUAUGAAUAUAACGUGCAGUACCAUUGCCGUAAAUUUCGAGCAUAGUUACCUUCCCGGAAUUUCUGACGACCAAUUGGCUGCCCUUGCUAAAGCCUAUCCUGAAGACCCAACUCAGGGAGCUCCAUUCGACACAGGAACAGCAAAUGCGCUCACCCCUCAAUUUAAACGCAUCGCUGCCAUACAAACAGACCUAUUCUUCCAGGCACCUCGAAGAUUCUUUUUCAAAAUAGCGUCUAAAACCCAACCCACAUUUUCAUUUUGCAAGUCUCGCGGAAAGGCUACACCGUACCUAGGCGCGGCUCAUGCGUCUGAUCUUGCAGAAUUCUAUGGCACUGGUACACAACCAGAUUUAAUCGGCAUGGAUGCGAUGAUCAAUUUCGCGAACACACUCAACCCGAACACCAAGAACACGAAAAGCUUACUGUCUAAAAUCAAUUGGCCUCGCUGGGAAUCCUCAGCCGUCGCUCACCCUUUGUUCACCUUCGUCGAUCCCGCCCCCGCCGUUAACGUUACUUUUGAUAACUUCAGGACCAAAGAGAUUGACCUAUUGACCACAAUAGCUUUGGCGUUGUUCGGUUGAGUUUGACGGUUGAACGUCGAAGCUGAGGUUCCUGGGGUGGGUUAUUUCGAGAAUUAAUAUACAGCUUUCGCGAGGUAUAUGUUUUAAAUAUUUGGUGUUCGGUUAAUCGAUUUUUUAAGGAAAG